AGGAGUGUCUCCAUGGACGUCUCCAUGAGCAUCCCACCACCGGCAGCAGCAGCUUCCAUGGAGACCAUGAGCGAUGACAAGAUAGCAAUCUUCAUCCCCCCGAGGUCUCCUUCCAACAAGAUCCUGCCACUAGGGUUCCAACACACCGAGCCAUCCCAUCCGCCUCCCGGCGGCUCCGCCGAGAGGGUGGCGCUCCCUCUCAUCAAGAAGGUGGUGGCGGAGCUGCUGGGGACGUUCCUGCUGGUCUUCAUCGUGCUGUCGGCGCUGAUCACGGACGCGGCGCACGGCGGCGCGCUGGGCCCGCUCGGCAUGGCGGCGGCCGCGGGGCUGGCCAUGGUGGUCCUCGUCUCGUCCCUCGCCCACGUGUCGGGAGGCCACAUGAACCCGGCCGUCAGCGUCGCUAUGGCCGCGCUCGGCCACCUGCCGCGGCCCCACCUCGCGCCCUACGUCGCCGCCCAGCUCCUCGGCUCCACCGCGGCCUCGUUCGCCGCCAAGGCGCUCUACGGCGGCGGCCCCGCGGACCUCGGCGCCGCCGUCGCCACCGUGCCGGCGGUCGGCGCCGCGGAGGCGUUCCUCGUCGAGUUCGCCGCCACGUUCGUCUUCCUCUUCGUCGUCACCGCCCUCGCCACCGAUCCCAACGCAGUGAAAGAGCUGGUGGCAGUGGGAGCUGCGGCGGCGGUGAUGAUGAACGCUCUCGUCUUCGGGAAGUUGACAGGGGCGUCGAUGAAUCCGGCGAGGACGCUGGGGCCGGCGAUCGCCACGGGGACGUACACCAAGAUCUGGGUCUACAUGGUGGCUCCGCCGCUGGGCGCCAUUGCUGGAUCAGGGGCUUACCAUGCGCUCAAGUGA